AUGGCUGCUCUCAUCGCAGAAAAUUUUAAGUUCAUCUCCCUCUUCUUCAAAAGCAAAGAUGUGGUGAUUUUUAACGGUCUGAUCGCCCUGGGCACCGUGGCCAGUCAGACAGCGUACAAUGUCUUUGCCUUUCACUGCCCCUGCUCACCAGAGAGGAAUUACCUGUAUGGUCUGGCAGCCAUCGGAGCACCAGCCCUGGCCUUCUUCAUCGUCGGAGUUAUGCUAAACAGGAACACCUGGGACCUUUUGUCAGAGUGCCGGCUCAGAAAAUGCCGGAAACUUUCUGGCACGGCUGCUUUCGCUCUGUUGAGGUCCGUCUUCGGCCGAGCGAUCGUCGCCCCGGUAACCUGGACGGUGCUCUCGCUCCUGCGAGGGGAAGCCUACGUCUGUGCCCUCAGUGAGUUUGUUGACCCUUUGUCUUUGGACGGCUUUCCCACCUCUAAUCAGAGCUCCAAGGUCCUGGCCCGGUUCCCCUGUCAGGACGUCCCGUCGGACCUGCAGCGAUUCUGGGGUGAAAUUGAGCGUCGGCUUAAAUAUGAAUCCCAGCUCCUGGGCUGGCUCCUGGUCGGGCUGAUCUCUCUCGGUGCGUUCCUGCUGCUGUGUCUGAAACGCUGCUGCUCUCCCCUCGGCUACCAGCAGGAGGCAUACUGGUCCCAGUUUCGUUCCAGUGAGAGCUCUCUCUUCCAGCGCACAGCGGCCGCUCACGCCAAGAUCCUGGCCGCCGAGAAUGUACGAAGCUUUUUUGGCUUCGUGGCCUUAGACCGUGAGGAGAAGGAGCUGCUGGAAGAAUGCCAAGGUGCUAAGAGUGUGAUUCCCAGUGUGGAGUGGAACCGCAUCACUGGGCUUUAUCUGUACAGAGAAAACAAAGGCACUCCGCUGUACAGCCGACUCAACAAAUGGGCAAAAUACACAAUGGAGAACAAUACUGAGGCCAUAGAGAAAGAGAUGGACAUACUGAACUGCUAG